AUGGAAAACGACACCAUUGCCUAUUUGUAUCCCCACAAUGACGAGAAUGCAUUCUCAGCGAUCAUGGCGGAUCCGCGCCACAUGCCUGCCCGACUUGAACGCCCCUGCACUCAAUACAGCCGCGGCGAGCGAGAGUCGACCGAGCCACCAGAAAACCACGAGGGCGCCUCGGCUCUAGACUACCUACCGUACCUCGAGAUCACAUUCAGCGACAUUCCACGAACCGACCGGGGACUCAUCUUCGGUUCAAAUCCAAAUUGCGACGUUUCUCUUAAUCGCAAGGGCAUAUCUAAUGUCCACUUCAGCUUGACCUUUGACGAAUUUAACCGCCCCAUUGUCAAGGACUUGAUAUCUCUCGUGGGAACCCAGGUCACUUACAACGGGGACGGCGAAGGCGCGCGGAGGGAUUUCCAAUGGAUCGUCGCCGGCCAUAUCAUUCCCCAGCGAAUGAAAAGCAUCGUUAUCACGGUACCCGGCGUCAUUUCCCUCCAGAUCGUUGUUCCAUUCCAUGACAUAACGUCCCCAGCGUACAUCGACAAGGUCAACAGGUUCAAGCAGGGCAUAGCGACUGCCGAGGACCUCCUCGACGGUUUGGGUCUCUCAAAUCUGCCGACCAGACCCUGCACAGGAUCCCACACUCCAGGCACUGGAGCGAUCCAUCUGAGGAAGAAGAUCGGCAAAGGGUCGUUUGGCGUCGUGACGCAUCUAUGGAACGUCAGCACCGGAGAUGAGUGCGUCGUAAAGGCGCCUACCCUAAAAGCUAUUCAGAAAAGGGAGGUCAACGAGGAGGCAUGGCGCCGAGAGGCUCGCAUCAUGGGUCAGAUUUCACAUCCCCACAUUGUGCAGCUUAUCGCGUCGUCCUUCACACCACACCCUCAAUUGUACCUGGAAUAUGUACCGUGUAAGACUCUGGAGGACCAUGGGGAUAUCUCCUAUAACGAGACCUUGACGAUCAUUAGUCAAUGCUUGUCAGCCCUGGCAUAUCUGCAUGGGAGUGAGGCGCCAAUCGCACACCGAGACAUCAAACCGGCCAACAUCCUUGUCCAGUAUCGAUUCGAUGGCGACAUCUCUGUUAAGUUAGCAGACUUUGGUUCAUCACGAGAUAGAGCCGAGUUGAAGACCCUCUGCGGAACUCGGAAGUAUCUUGCGCCUGAGAUCUAUUCCGAGGCGCAGCGCUACGUCAGUAACGAGACUAGACUAGGCUAUACCGCGGUUGUCGAUAUCUGGUCUCUCGGCGUGGUGGCGUGCGAACUGGCAUACGGUCUUCCCCGAUAUGAAAAGCGGCAUAUGAGUGACGGUGUUGCCUGGUGCGAAUCAAUUGUUGCGAGACUCCAAGAAGCCCUGCAGAAAGAUCCCAAUGAUCUAGCACAACUUCUGUUAAACAACAUGGUGGUUCUUGCACCAGAGUCGCGGCUCUCUGCUGAUGACUGCUACGAUCUAGUGGUGCGUCUACCUAGGAAUGAGAUAGAUUCCCUCUGCGCAUCGACACCAGCUUCAUACCCUGAGGAAGAGGACCAGACGACCCUAAGGUGCAUUAUGCACAAUGAUGACGUCGAGGGCCUAGAGCCAAGGUCUCACACUGAAACGACCACAUCAUGUUUCGUCAGAUCAGGAACACCGACUCCAUCAUCAAGGAUCACCCAACAGCACGGAGAUUCCGAAGUGGCAUCCUCAUCGGCGAUCAGGCAGUACAACAAUCGCCAACAAGGCCAUGAGAUGACCCAUUUUCAAGAAGACUACUCGGCGAACCCAUUCAACCCCCUCUAUGUUGGAUCAUCCUUGGCAUCAGAGUUGGGAGGGAACAGCUCCGAGGGUUGGGCAAGCGAAUUCCUGCGAGAGUCUGCGCAGUGGCAGUGUAGCCAGGCCGGAGUUGCAGGCCCGCAGACAAGCUGCGGUGAAUCAAAGGAGGGAGUGAGUAUCCCGCGGGGUGAGAUGAGUGGGGCUGCCACUAGCGGCGCAGAUGAGUACGAGGAAAUGGCACGGGCGGCAUUUUUGCUUCAAGCCCUUGGCCAGGACUCCGGGGCGUUAUAG